GUUUAGUGAUUGUACCCGCGACGCCGCGGUGGUGAUUAGAAUAAUACGAAAUACAAAUUACUGACGAUUACGGACCGUUGUAAAAUAAGAGGUACCUAGUACCUAUAAUAUAUUUUUACACCAUUAACAGUUUUAAAUUUUUAAAUAAAUGAGUAUUGACUACUGAGUAUCGUAACAUGAUUUUACAUUAGGUUUUUGAUAAAGUUUUGGCGGAGGCGAAUCUCUACUUUAUUUUGCCAUAAUAACCUCCAAACCCCGCUUCGUUUUGGCUCUACAAUUUAGUAAAUAGUAAGUGAAUUUUUAUGAAUGAGUGCAAUGGACCUGAUGGAAUGUUACGUAUCAACCACCCGGAUCGCUCUGGAAGCCAAGAGCACGGAUCCGUUGACCUGGCAAAAAUUGCACACAUUGUUACCAUUAUUACAUGAGCAUCUAUCAUGUCGGGUAUGUCAUAAGCUGCUCGACCGACUGAAUCCCUAUUUGGGUGGUUAUGCAUGUACAAUGUGUAUGGAUCAGCAAACAACCGAAAAUUUGUCCAGUACGAUAAUACAAUGCUACAAGAAAUUGUGUGCUUAUAUACAUAGCACAUCAUUGUACAAAGUUAUGUGCACAAGAGUUGAAGAUAAAAUGUUAGUCGAAUUAAUAACCGAAGUUAUUGGUCUAUCUCGAUCAGUUAAUGGCUACAGUGGAAUGGUGAAUGGUAGAGUAAUUAAACAAGAAAUAAAAGAAGAGGAUAGUAUUGACACAACUUUAUUAAAUUCAUCAGAUAUUCAACUACCCAUAGACAACCAAACAUCGGAGGAUUAUAUUAACUUACAAAUAUUUGAUGAACAGAAACACAGAAUUCAAGAUCAAUCUGUAUUCAACAAUAUUCCUAAAAAGAAGAAAAAUGAACGUCGUUGGGGCUGUCGAUGUGGUAAUGCUACAACUACUCCUGGCAAGCUUACAUGUUUCGGACAGAGAUGUCCCUGUUAUACAGAACAAAAACCUUGUAAUCAAUGCAAAUGUAGAGGGUGCAGAAAUCCUAGACAGAAGAGAUCCAAUAAUGAUGACAACUUAGAAAUAGAUAAAGUGCGUCGGAAACCAGUGACCUUAGAACUAAUAUCUUCACUCAAGCCUUCACAUAAUAAAAGCAAGCCGGCAUUUAGUUCUUAUACAAUGAAUGAUAUGUUACCGUUUUCUUCACACAGUCAAAGUUAUGAUCAAGGUGGGACUGAAGACAAACUUGGACAUGUGAACUCUAUUUUCCAUUCUCCUUGAAUAACCAUCAUUGAACAUUAUUUAGUGGAACUAGUGUUGUAAGAGUAUUGGAUGGUGUUGUAUACUAUGAACAACAUAUGUUACCUACAUCUUAAAUAACUACUAUAAUUAACUUUGGUACCUAAAAUAAUUUUUUUUUUGGUAUCAGCAUUAUAUUAUGUAUUACUGUAUUUUCAUAAAUAUU